AUGGUCAGACUCCUGCAGAAGAGCAGCAAAUCAGCUGCAGAGAGGUACCUGGAGAACUACGGUUUGGGCACCGUGGGCUGCGCUGCCGCACAUCUGCGGGCACUCUGGACAGCUGCCAGUGCUUGGCAUGCGCGGAAGCCCCUGGUGCUGAUCCUGGAAGAUGACGUUUGGCUGGAAGAAGACUUUAAGCUGAAAGUGCGAAAGCUACUGAAAGCCGAAGCACCCUGUGACUGGCAGGUGAUCUCCCUGCGCUCGCAAUGUCCCUAUGGGACGUGCGUGAGUCCGCACCUGACGCGUGUUCAGCCCGAUGGCAACGAACCGGAAGAGAUGUGCAGACAUGGGGUGAACUACGGCUUCUACGCGAUGCUCUACCAAGCCGAUGCCUUGAUCUUUGUGGCUAAUGCUCUGCAUCAGGAGAUCUGGAACAGCUCCACACCUGGAUGUUUAGCCAACGACGUGGCUCUGGCACAGAUCAGCGAUCGAGUGGCCUACUACGCAGUCCCUUCCAGUCAAGAACCCGGCUUCGUGCAGCAUGGGCACUUCCCCUCCGUGCGCAGUGUGCUGAACCAACAGACCUCUGCAGCGUGGCUGGAUCAGGUGCUACAGAAGAAACGCUCGAGCCAGGUGCUCUAA